UUGAACCGUGAGACUAAAGUAUCGAACCGAACCAAAUCGUGAAUUUUCUGUAUCGUUGCACCCCAACUGUUUAUAGCUGUUUUUAUAAAAGAGCAGAGGUUAGUGUGUGUUUGUUCUUCCAUAUGGUUUCUAUCCAGAGUCAUGGUUCUCGGGCCUCCAGGGCUCGGCUGCAUCUCCACUGUGAUUCCUGCUACAGUCGGCGCUGCAGGACCCGGGUGGAGGUCUCUAGCUGUGCGGUCGUCCCCUGCCGCCUGCUCUGCGGCGCUGUUUUCCACCUGUGCAAAGAGGAGGACCACCUGCUGCUCUGCCCUAAUGUGAGGGUGCCCUGCCUCAACGCUGAGUACGGCUGCCCCGUCCAGCUGGCCCGCUCCUCGCAGGCGGCUCACCUCCAGGUGUGUCCGGCCAGCGUGGUCUGCUGCUCCAUGGAGUGGAACCGUUGGCCCGCCAAUGACGCCCGCUCCCACCCGAACACCGAGCURUACGAAAACCUGCUGAGAGAGCGAGAGCCGGGAGGAUACCUGGACCUGGCCUUGGCCCUGAAAGACCAGGACAGUCUGUUUCACGCCAUAAAGAUGAAGAAGCUGUUCCCGGAGCUCAUCCAGAGCGUGGAAGAGGAGGAGAGGGAGGAAGAGAGGAGGGAGGAGGAACGGAGGAAGGAAAAGGAGAGGAAGAAAAAGGCCGCGCUGGAGAAGGAGGCGGCAGAAAUAGCAGCCGCCAAAGAAGCCAGGGAAAGCCUGUGGGAGUCGAUUAAUAUGCUCCCCUUCCACCUCCCUGAGGAGAGAGAGGAUGAGGAGGAUGAGGAUGAAAGUAAGGAUGGGUUUGAGGUUGAAAGUCAGCCGGUGCUCACUCAGGAGGAGAGAGAGGCACUCGCCAGGGCAUCAGGGGUGGACGCCGAUCUGUUGGAAAACUACACUGCCUGGGAGCGUAUGUUCAGCAUGGAGAUGGGUGGCUGCAGGGAAGCGGCGGCAGGCAGAGGUCAGGGUCAGAGGUCAGGGAGGGGGCGGGGCCUGGGGACUCUGACUGAGGACGAUUCAGCAGGUAGCUCCUGCACGCAGGUGAUCGGCGCCUGCUCCGGUCCACUCAUCAAACCCAUGAAGAAGAACUUUGUGUACGGACACCUGGAGCCAAUGAAAAUCAUCACCGUCCGCACUUUUAAAAUCCCAACGAGCUUCACAGCCAGGCAGGGCCGCAUCCGAAACCCUGGUUUCUACAAGAGGGAGAGCCAGGCUGUGGACACCAGCGACCUGGGGGUGGCGCUGGAGAACAUGCCGGUGUGGGAGGAAGUUCAGGCCUCCCUGCUGUGCUCCUUGGAGAGGGAGCGGAGGGGUAACCUCAUCGCUGAGACCAUGUGCUCCGACAGCCUGCUGACAGAUGAAGGUACUCAGACCUACAGCUUCCUGUCCGCUCCUUUCCGGAGAAACGCGUCGCUCGCCGACCUGACCGCUGGGAAACCUCUGGAUCUGCACCUGCAGCUACAGGUGGAGGGCGUCACCAGCCGGCACAACAAGGCCAGCUCCGCCUUCACGUUCCUCUGCGGACACGCCUUCCAGCGCAGAGAAUACGCCAAACACUACAAGAACAUCCACAGUGACAUCCAGAUGGGUGUGAACGGUUGGUUUGAACAGAGGUGCCCUCUGGCCUAUCUGGGAUGCACCUUCAGCCAGAGGAGGUUUCAACCCGCCACUCAUGAGGCCACCAUCACCUACAAUGAGGAGCUGGGCUGCUUCAGCCUACAUCCCCUCAUCCAUCCCUGUCCUUCCCAGCUGUCCAGCAGCCCUUCAGGCUCCGCGGCUCCAGGAGGAGAGGAGGACUCCYUCAGCUCGCUGCCCUACGAGGUGUUGGUCCACAUGGCCAGCUUCCUGGACAGCCUGUCCCUGUCCCAGUUGUCUCAGGUGUCCCGGCUCAUGAGGCAGGUGUGCUCCUCUCUGCUGCAGGACAGAGGGAUGGUCACCCUCCGCUGGGAGAAGACGACCACCUUACAAGGCCGAGCCAAGUGGAGGGUGACACAGAAGGUCUGGCAGUUCAGCACUCUGUUCUCUCCUGUGGACUCCUGGUGCUUCCGAGACGCUGCGUCCAUCUCCGAGCAUCUGAAGGUGUGUCCCUACAACGAAAGAGAGCACAAGACGGAGAGGGUCCGCCUGCCACGCGUCCGAGAAGAAACCCAAACCAGCAGGAGCUGCAAAGGUGCAACGCUGGUCACUCUGUUCCAGCAGAAGAGGAUCAUGAUGUAAAAACAGAAAUCCUCUGUUUCUGUUAGGAUCAAUGGUGGUAAAAGGAUUACAGACUGAAGUUUUGACACAGAUGCUGAUUUCAUGCCAUGACAAAACUUAUUUGUGUUUUAAAUAUAACUGGAUCUGUAAAAACUUUCAAAUGUUAAAGAUAAUGUGAAAAUGUAAUGCUAUUUGUUGUUAUUCAGAUAUUUUGAUUGUAACGACAGAUGUGAUUUUGAGGCUUUAUUCUCAAUGCUCUGAUGUGUGUUUUAGGAUUAAUACAAUUUUUAAAAAAAAUCAUCAAAUGUCUAAAAUGUUAAUUGUUGGUUUGAAAUAGUAAAGAAAAGACAACCUCUACUUUUCAGAUGA